AGGUCCAUGGGCCUAUUUUGAUAGCCCAUAUUAUUGUCCAGUUUAGCAGUUAAAUGCGAGUGGGUCCAUCCCUCCCGCCAAGCUUCCCCCUUCCUUCUCGCCUUACUAGGGUUUUGGUCCGGUCUCCAUCUCUAGUAGACUGAAACAAUGUCCUCUAAAACCCUAAUUCGAACCGGUGCUACUCUGAUGAACCGGCUAGUACUCAAUCCUAUCACUCACUGUAACACGAAUCUGAGCGAACAAUUUGUGUGUCGGAGCCUUGAAAUCGCUCCGAAGCUCUUCCCGUCUCUAUCGAAGUUUCAGACGCCUCUCCAUUUCCAACAACACGACGGUGAAAGCCAAACCAAACGGGUCGCUUCUGAGGGGUUCUAUUAUCCUUGCGGACUUCCUAACCUUAGAUUCUUCUUACCAGAUCGGGAUGAUUCUUCAUCAAGCGAGCCGAUACUCUUAUUUCCCAAACGAACAUAUCAACCUAGCACAAUUAGGCGUAAGCGGAAUCAUGGAUUCUUAGCUCGCAAGGCAACCAAGGGAGGCCAGAGAGUCAUCGCUCGGAGAAUAGCAAAGGGUCGGGCAAGAAUCACUCCUUAGUAUCUCUGCCUUUGGGUCAGGUUUUGAUUAAGAUCGGGCCUAAAAGCCUUCCGUGGUGCAUGGCAAAGACUAACAAAAUUGCAAUGACUUUUUUGCUCUUUUGUUGUUGCUGUGCUUAUUCCUUGAGAGGAAACGGAGUACUCAUUUUGGAAUGUGGAUUUGUGUACUUUCUGCUCAUGCCCGUGUACUCUCGAGAAUCACUCUUGUUGAAAGCAUUAAUUUUCUGUUUAUAUUUCAAAUUAAUCUGUGUAGUGUUCUGGUUUUUGGGCUGAUGUCUGGUCGCAAGAGCAGUUUAAAUGAAUAUUAAUAUAAAUCUCAAGAUUCUAGUUUUAGUGACUA